AUGUCAAACGAUUGGAGUAACGACUGGGGAGACGCGUCCCAAAUGGGAGCCCACCUAGGCUAUUCGCACCAGCAGCAGCGACAGCAGGCACAAUACCAACCAUAUGGAAGCCUUGGGUUGGACAUUUACGUCCAUACCAUCUUAACAACAGCAGGUUUCGGAUUUCCGGGUUCCACGCAAGAUUUUUUAAAUGAUCCUAUGAUGAGGGCUGCUCAGCACUUUGGAGGACAGUUCGCUGAGCAACAAAAAGAGAAGAUGGCAAAAUAUUUGAACGCUUUCAACUUAAAAUACUAUUUCUCUGUUGACAAUUCUUACGUUGGAAAGAAACUUGGAAUUCUUCUGUUCCCAUUCUUCCACCGCGAUUGGUCUUUAAAAUAUUCUACAUCGGACGGUCCAGUUCCAGCCAAGGAUGAUAUCAAUGCCCCGGAUCUUUAUAUUCCAUUAAUGGCUUUUAUUACAUACAUUAUAGUCUCCGGAUUUGUACUUGGAACACAGGGAAGGUUCUCUCCAGAAAUGUUGGGGAUCCUCACAAGCAAUGCAUUCAUAUGGAUUAUUAUCGAGAACAUUGUUAUUUUUGUCAGUAAAUAUGUGAUGAAUAUAUCGGAGAGCUUAUCGGUGUGGCACUCAUUGGCAUAUAGCACCUACAAAUUCUUUGGGAUGAUAAUCUGUUUACUGAUGUUUAUGGCUGGCGGAAAAGCGUUCUAUUAUUGCACGCUUUUCUACACUACACUUGCUCUCGUAUUCUUCUUGCUUCGGACAGUGAAAAACUUUGUGCUUGACUCUCAUCAUUUUGGUGGCGAGGAUGGUCGAAAAAGGAAAUUGGCACUGAUUUUAUUUAUCCUUAUUACGCAACCUUUCAUAAUGUGGUGGCUCACUAGUGGGACAACUAAUUUCGAGUAUGGCAAAUUUUCUUUUGCGCAAGCAGCGAUGAGAAAGAUGGGUUUGGGUGAUGUAAAGCCCGAAGACGUGCCUCUGACUUCUAAUGGUGAAGUGGAUUACGAGGCUCUUCUAAAAAUGCCAUGA